GCUAGCUAACUUUUCACUGGAUUUUUCCGCGGGAUCUCGACGUCUCUCGCGUCGACGAGGCGUGGAGAGCCGAAGGAGUCAGCGGACAGCCCGCCCUUGCAUAUCGCAGCGCGCGAGCUCGCCGGAGGACGCGUCGGCGGAGCGCAGCUACACGUGGCUUUUCGCAGCGCUCGCAAGACGAUGGCGCCGCGACAGCUACUGAUCGCCGCACUCCUCGCCUCCCCGUGCCACGCCUUCUUCAGCAGCGGCCGCACGUGCGAGAUCGAGUCCUGCAACACGUGAUGGCGCGACCGCAUCCCGGUGGCGGACCGGUGGAUCAAGGGCGAGGACGGCGCGGCGGCGUACGGCUGCAAGAUCACGUGGAUCCGGCACCAUUCUCCCGAACUCAUCGUCAAGGACGGCUGGUCGGAAGUAGAACGGAUUUCUCUAGAAAGGAUGCGGUCGGCCCAAGAAAUUGAUAGAUUGAUGCAGUCGCGAGGGUUCAAGCACACUGAUCAAUAUCGGGAGAAGCUGCGGUCGAAAAGGGACGUCACGUUUGAAGCGACGGACGAAAUUGAUAUCUACUAUUUGCAGGCGGACGGGUCCGAGGCCGUGUCCACCUUACGCCAUCGAGCAGACGCAGUUCGCGUCGAUGGCGUGCGGAUCGUGAAAUCUGAUGUCCACGCAGGUCCAAGGAGCACGUCGGGACCGCGGACCGCGGCGAGCCCGUGACGGUGCAGACGACGGUCGGGCACCGGUUCGAGAUUCAAGAUGGGUUCGGCGACGUCGUCAAGGUCUAUGUCGUACAAGAGGGGUCGCUGCACCAGCGCGUGCGGGUGAACCCGUCGACGGGGGAACUCUAGUCCGCUCGCCGGGCGCGUGAGAUGACGGGGCGCGACUGUACUAGGUCGCGCCCCCGAGAAGACGCGUUUGGCGACGGGGGCUCUGUGUUAACAUCUAUGUCGUGAGG